CACUGGACCACCAAGCCUCCAAGUUAGGGUCUGAACUAGAGACAUAUAAGAUGCUUGCCAACAAUAAACAUCAUACGGACUGCGGAGUUAAAACGCUAAUUCCUAAAUAUCCUUGAUGUACCGUAUCAAAUUCAGCGUCACAAUUUGACUUGUGGGUGUAAUGCAUGCGUUCCCUUUACAUUGCGCAUGUGCUCUGUAAUUGGGGAUCAACGUGGAGGAAUAUCCCCAAUCCUGACAUUUGCUCCACAACAAUUAGUGCAUGCAAACUUUGAGUGCCGCGUAUUUGCGAUUUAAGCACCAUUUGCGAACAGUCGAGGCUGGGCGCUGUAUCUAGCAUAUACGGUAUAUUAGAAAAUACGUUUUGGGAGCGGGUAUGCCCUUGUUUUCGCGAUUAUACGGUUAACAUGGGGAUCGUUUAUGACUCGGCUAAAAAAGGCGUUUUUCUAGUUAGGCGACAACGUGAUCGAAAAAUUCUGUAUUUGAUAUUGUAAGCUAUGUUAUAUUGAUGUGGAUAUUAGAUGUGUUUAGAUUUAUAAGCCCAGGGUAAACCCGUGAAUGGUGAAGCAGUAAGGGCCGAGGAGCAAUAGGACGGGUGCUUGGUUGCAGAAUUUGCUUAGAAGAGUUUAUCCCGUGGACAGUAUUGUUAUGGGCAGGCCUUGUUCUUUGCUCAUGGUUUACAGGACUGUCCUACACCUAAUGUUUCUUCUGCCUCUGGGCCUCCUCCAUUCUGUCUCUUCACAGACAGUCCAGGUUUCUGCACAGGUUGGGGGGAAUGCAACUCUGCCUUGUGCUGCACCGACUCUGAAAGGAGUUCCUUUGGAAACGCUUGAGAUUUCCUGGAGGUUGGAUGACCAGGUGGUGUUUGAAUUUCAAGGAAGAAGCGGAAAGGAGGCAUCUAAGUUCCACAGCAGGGCGGGGCUUCUCAAGAAAGCAGAAGGUGACUUUUCACUCAGUCUUCACAGAGUCACACUCGCAGACCAAGGCACCUUUGAGUGCUACAUCAAAGAAGGAAGGAAGCCCCAGAAUUUCUUUCAAAAAGUCGUACUCAGCGUUUCAGUCCCUCCUACAGGCUCCCCCACUGAGAGCAGACAGCCUGGGAUUGGAGCAGCGACCACAGAAGCAACCUCAGAACGAGGGAAUGGUGAGAUCAUGAGUUGAUGUGCUCGGAUCAUUCCUGUACACCCUUAUAAAGCAGA